GCGGUAUUUUGGCACGGUUUUUGAUUCCCUCAGCAUUUUCGCAGCGAAGAGUCGCGAGAAAAGACGCAUUUCCCCGCGCUAAACACAUUCAAGAGUCGGCAAAAGUGGACUCAUUCCACACGCAAAACACCACAGAGUCAUCAACUGCAGUCACGAGUGUUGCUAUUUGAGCGUGAGUGGUGAGAAAAGAUUGUUUUAUCGCGCAGUGCAAAAUUGCGUCGUUGUUUACGAGACUGCGACUGGCCUGAUUUCGCGGGGAAUUUCUGGCAAAUUCCUAGCAAUUUCCGAGGGGAUUUCGCCGAAAAAAGAUCCACAAGAGAUCACUGGAGAGGAGAGUGGCUGAGAGUUGAGCGUAGGAUUGCGACAAGUGUGAGAUAUUGCAGUGUCGAAGGAGGUCAAAGAUUUUGGAGGCUCGUUCGAGUGCGCAUUGUUGUGGUCAUCAAUCGCGUUAUCAAAGAGGCGAGCCUCGUGAGAUGCUCCAGUGACCUUCCGCAUUUCAUCUCGUGCAGCCAGAAACACACUGUGGGCAUUUGUGAGUUGUGGAGAGGGCAGUAUUUGCUCGCAUAUGUGACAAUUUGGCGCUUCAUUUCGCGACUUUUGUGGUGCUGAAAGCAAGUGUGAGCAGGAAGGUAGAUCGCGAGGUGCGCGCGUGAGAGCGAGAGCGACGAUGCUGUCAAAACAAGUGAUGAUACAUAUCGGGGCGGGCUGCCUGUCCACGGGCUUCAUGAGCUGGCUCCAAUUCCGCCCCUUGGGAAUACUGUUCAUCGUGGUGUUCGCCGUGUGGCUGUACAAGUGGCGCUGUCCGGGCGUCCGUCUAGUCUCUUCCACUCCCAUCAUGGACAAAUUGGACAGCAGCUACAAGAACUUCGUGAAGCUGCGCCAGGAGAAGCCGGGCGUCUUCUGCACAAUUGUCAGCGUCUUCUUGGUGCUCCUCGCGCUGCUGGGUCACAUUGUGUCCGGCACUUGGAUUGUCCUCAUUGGCCUCCUGAUGGCCGCGCUCAUCUCCACACGCCACAAACUCGAUAUCAUUCACGAGAGAACCAAAGGUGAAGAAACUGCCUGGUCAUCUCAGACGACGGAUCAUGAUGUGGAUGAAUUUCUGCCAGAGGUCAACGAGAGCAAUCUGUUCGUGCUGCAGAAGGCCGGCGAAGAGGCUGUGAUAACGACGCCCGUGGCCACGGAGUCGCACGCGAGCAGUCACAGUGAGGACGCGGACUCGCUGCCGGUGGACCUGAUGAUUCCCGAGGGCAGUCUGCCGGACGUGGAGGCGGACGACGAUGCGGAGUCGGACAUCAUGGACGACGAGGGUGAGCGGGAAGCUGUGGUGCCCAGCGAGGGCUUCACCUUCAAGACCGGCCACUUCAACAGGGACACGUCGUCGUCCGACGAGGACAGCAUGGCGAAGGGACUGAGCUUCCACGACUACAGCCUCGUGGAUGCGCCUCAGGAGGUGGCAAAGUACAAAAGUGACACAGAAGUGAGCAAAAGCGUCGCGUCGAGUCUGCCGUUUGGGAUCAAUGAGGCGUGGAAUGUGGUGGGCAACUUGCUCAAGGCGACAAAUCCCACGCAAAGCCACACGACGGAUCACAGUGCGCGAAAAGCUUCCCACCCGCCAGCCAAAAGCAGCCACAAAGCGCCCGACUCGUCCGAUGAGUCGGAGUUUGAGAUUCUCAGUCAGGACGAACUCAAUGCGGCCUCUUAGUCCAGUCCGUAUCAAUAGCGAGAGAGAGAAGAACUCAAUGAAUUAUAAUGUGUCCGCGAUCUUUGUCCUCCUCCUUUUUUUCCCGGCGCAAACACAUGCGAAAAUAUAGAAUCCAAGUGUAGUAGUAAAAUUUGUCCUAAAAGAUUUAUUUUGUUUUGUUGGUUCUCACAGAGCUUUAAUAAUUUUAUUUUAAAGAUUUAUUAUUUUAUUUUGUAUAGAAAUUUUAUAAAUGUAUAAAUCUUGAGGCGAUUCUUCCGUGAAUUUUUUUUUCCAAUUUAUAAACUCCAUGAAUUCUCUGAACAACUCUCGAUCCUUUUCUUCUUCAUUCUGAUAAACUGUCCUAUUUUUCUCUAUAAUUUACUUUGCAAAAUGAUGAGAAUUUCAAGAAAAAAAAAGAAUAUAUGUAUACCUUUACUAGUUUGGAAUCCUCUUUUUGUAGAAGUUGUAAUAUUUAUUCUGUGUACAAGAAGAAUAAAAAAAAUAA